AUGUUUUGGAGACACGAUUUGGUACUUGGACGCGGGUCAACCGUCAAGCUCCUGGGACACUCAGCUUGCCCAGGGAGCUCGCCAUGUCUUGAUUCAUCUUCAUUUCGCGCCUUCUUCUCCGCCGCUCGCCUACGCGGAGCUGCCGCAAAUCCUGAUCCAAGUCGCGAACGCCUCGGAGGAAGGUUCGAGAAGCCAUUCUCAAGUCGGCAUGAGUUUGUUUGCCAUUUACGGCGACAAUGGGACGCCCACGACAGCAGCGAUGGCCUCAAUUUGCACAGGGGCAACGGUCAGCCUGCGCUCAAACACAUAAAGAUGCGGGAGCAGGCAGCGGCGGAAAACCAAGGCCGAGUUCCCCAGAUCUUCAGCCAAUCCCUGUCUGACGAGUGGCGCCAUUACGUGGGUUACAAAAUACCUCACGAGCUACCAACGUUCCCAGAGAAAGCGUCGAAACGAGCUCUAGAUGCCGUUGUUGAAGAGGCGCGCCGACCAACACCCUUUACGAUUGUGAGAGAGGCAGCACAGGAUCUCGACAUCCUGGGGUAUAGAAUCACCAAGGGCGCCCGGCUGAUUAUGCUGAGUGCUGGGCCGGGCAUCGUGUUGCCUACGAUUCCCGUGGAUGAUGAGAAGCGCAGCCCAACCAAAGCCGCCAGGCGCUGGGGUGUAUGGGAUGAGUCCCGGGAUUUGAGGCUUUUUGAGCCGGAGCGCUGGCUUGCCGCCAGGGAGGACGGCAGCUACACCUUUGACGCUACGCCUGGGCCGCAGCUAGGUUUUGGCAUGGGAACCCGGCAAUGCUGGGGCAGACGCUUGGGUCAGUUGGCCGUCCGGACUGUCAUUGCCUUGGUGGUUUGGGAGUUUGAGAUGCUUGAGAUACGCGCGGAACUGGGAGGUUAUGAGGGGGUGGACGGCGUCACUCGUGAGCCGGUGAAAUCAUUCGUUAGAUUGAGAAAGAUUACUCCCUAUAACGUAUAG